UGCCCAGUGAAGACACGCGCACUGGCUCAGUCUCAGUCGGACUUGUGCGGUGGUGAGAGGGAGAUACUGCGCCGCUUUCUACUCCAGCCACCUGUUGCUGUUCCUACCCCAGUUAACACACAAAUGGAGGGAUUUUACCGCGUGGAUCUCCUUCCCUAAGCCCAGAAACACAAGGAAAGAGGAAAUUCAAGUGCGUGAAGGAAAAACGUGGAUGUUAUUGAAUCUUUUAACAUUUUUUUUUCUCUCUUCAUCUCGUGGUGCUGAGAUGACGGGAAUGGCGAGACUGGAUGCCGCGGAUAAGUGUACGGUUGAAAUAUCACAAUAGAACACCACAGGACGCGAGAUGAAGCUGAAGGAGGAGGAGAAGGAGAACGAGAAGGAGAUACGGAGACUGCAAGGUCAUCUCCAUCCACUUAAUGACACAGGGAGACUCCACAACCCUCAGCAUCUCUCCUCUCCCGCCCCGCACCGCCCCUCCCCCUGCCGCAGUGACAGGGGCAGGGUGGCAGGGGCGCGCUGGGUGCUGUCCCUGCAUAGGCUGUGGGUGUGCUGUUUGUGGGUCCUGAUUGCCACGCCCGCUAACACCUGUGCGGAUUUCAAUGGUUGUGACUUCUUCGGCAGCGGACUGAAACAAGACGGGCGUGGCAUACAACCCGUGUACCUCAGCUGCUCCUCGGGGCGUGUGGAGUGGCAGUACCCAAGGGCGGGACUCCGGGUCAUCCUCAGUUCCCCCACUAAAGGCAAGGACUUCAGGGCGUGCAUCAAGGGCGCAGAGAAAUUUGAGGGCGCCAGGGUGUACCUCGAGGGCCACCGUUCUCUACUGCCUCUCUUUGCCGCUGAUGAUGGAAGGCCUCGUGAUCUCGUGCGCUGCUUUACGAGUUACAAGGGAGAGGCGGCGCUGUACGUGGAGGCCGAGCAAGGGGCGGAUGGUCUCAAGAAACAGGUGGCAGGGUUCGAGUACGACUUAAGGGCGAUAAAAGAAGGUGCCAUCUAUGAUCCCAUGGAGGAGUGCCGGCCUUGUAGUGAGGAGGAGCUGCUACACCUGUACUGCUCUGGGGACUUUGUGGCGCGUGGGUCCAUCCUGGCAGUGACGGACAAGCCACAUCUGGACCUCACCUCCCUUACCGUACGUGCGUCGAAGAUCUUUCAACAGACCUACCCUGUGUUUGGUCACGGCCACGCACACCCACACCGAACCAGCACCGAGAGAGGGACGCAGAAGAAUGCUGAAGAUGAGGAGGAGGAAAAUGACAUCUCCUUCAGCAGUUUGGUGGAGGAAGGAAGUUACGUUGGCAAGGUCAUCAUGCCCAUGCAGUGCGGGGCGAGAUGGGGAGAUGGGGAGUUUCUAGUGAUGGGGGUGAUGCGCCUCGGCCAGCCUCUCAUGCGCUGCGCCCCUAGAUACGAGGAGUGGCUGGCCCUCACACGCCGCGCCCAGAGUCAAGCCCAGUGUAUCCUGGAGUCCUGAAAUCAUGCUAGGGUGAGGAGUAGGACUCUUCCUUACUCCAGCGGUGUCUUAGUGUGGGAUGUGAUGUCCUGAAGGAGUGAAGGAGUAAUGAAAUAAAUCCUUCGCCCUUCCACACACAUCUGAGGCGUGUAGGAUGUGAUAUGGUGCCCUGAAGUGAUGGAUUAUGGAAACUAAAAUCCUUCGUCCUUUCUGUAAACAUUUAGACAUCCUAGAGGCGUGUAGGAUGUGAUUUGGUAUCCAGAAGGAGUGAAGGAGUAAGAAAACAUAUCCUUCAUCAUUUUAUACACAUCUUAGGGGCUUGUAGGAUGUGAUGUGAUGCCCUAAAUCCUUCGUCAGCAUCUUAGUGUAGGAUGUGAUAUGAUAUCCUGAAGGAGUGAAGGAAACUAAUAUCCUUCGUCCUUUAAACAUUUAGGAACACCUUAGGGGCGCGUAGGAUGUGAUAUGAUGCUCUGAAGGAGUGUAGAAACUCAAAUCCUUCGUCCUGUACACAUCUUAGGGACGUGUAGGAUAUGUGGUGCCCUGAAGUGUUAAAGUGAGAUAGUUGUGCAGGAUGUGAUAUAUCGUAAAGUGCAAAGAAGUGUAGGAUGUAAGGAAGAGUGUAGGAUAUGAUGUCCUUCGUCCCUGUACAGACAUUUAGGGACGCGUCAGCACCGUGUAGGAUUAUAAUUAGUGUCCUGAAGUGCAGAGGAGUGAGAGGAAGGGAACUAAACGCCACAUUUUCCUGCACACAGACCUCGGGGCAUCGUAGGAUUGUGAAGGAUGUGAGAGUAUGGUAUCCUUAAGUGCCAGUGAGUGCCAAUACAUCGACGCAGUGCCAACAGUGAAGAAAGGGGGAAAAAUUUGCUGAUAAGUGACUAAAAAAUAAUAUAAGACAAAUUUCCCAACGAAUGACUGAAAAAAAAGUGAAAAAUGACACUAAGAAAUAAAAAAAAAAAGACGAAUUCUUGGUUCCUGAAGUGAAUUAAAAAAGACACGUGGUGAUUAAGACGAUAAGAUAAUAUAAGUGAAGAAAUCGAGUCGUAAUGAAGGGAAUGUAUAAGUGAAGGAAACAAGUGCCAAACAGGUUCCUCUCGAGUGCAAUACAUGAGUCGAAAGGAAAUUUUUGGGGGGAGAGUUUGUAUAGCGUGUGUGUGUGUGUGUGUGUGUGUGUGUGUGUGUGUGUGUGUGUGUGUGUGUGUGUGUGUGUGUGUGUCCACCUGUCAUUGAAGUGAAAGCAGAAAAAAAGGUAAAUUAACAAAGAGAGGAGAGAAAAGGGAAGGAUAAAGUAAAUAACGAAGAAAAUAAAAAAUAAAAAAGACCCGUUAAGUAAAGACAGAGUUUCCAAGAGUCCUUUAUUUAUUCAACUCUCUCUCUCUCUCUCUCUCUCUCUCUCUCUCUCUCUCUCUCUCUCUCUCUCUCUCUCUCUCUCUCUCUCUCUCUCUCUCUCUCUCUCUCAGUGUGAAAGGUGUGUUGGGAGGUGUGUAGGCGUGCAGGUGUGGUGUGCAGGUGUGUAGCAGGCGUGGGAGGUGCAAUACACAGGUGUGGGUGGGAUGAUAAUGCUUUUUCCUACCUGUAUGAAAUGAAGGGAAAAAAUGAGGAAGGAAUUGACUAGUGAAAGGGAAAAAAGUAAGGAAUAUGCCAUUAUUUUUUGUACUCUCUCUCUCUCUCUCUCUCUCUCUCUCUCUCUCUCUCUCUCUCUCUCUCUCUCUCUCUCUCUCUCUCUCUCUCU